UUACUCCCUUUAUUCUUGUUGACAAAUGAUCAUGUAUUCUUUGAUUUAUGAAUGAAAGCUUCUUUUCAGAAAAAAAAAAAAAAAAAAGUAAAAGAAAAAAAAAGGACUGUCGGUCGCUUUAGCAUUUCUGUUUUUAAAAUCUUAGUUCGACUUUUAUUUUGAUUCGACUAUUACUACCAGAGUUUUCGAACUCUCAGAUUCGCAAUCCCAGAUCAUUGGCAUUGGAAUAAUACACUCUCAGAUUCGCAAUCCCGGAUCACUCGUCUUCCUUCUUCGAUCCCCCAAGUCUCUACUCUCGUACGGGCACCAAUGGAGUCCAUUCUGAGCAGGGGGGGUUCGUGGAUCAGAAACCAGCGGGCCAGGAUCCUCGAGGCCUCGUGGGGGCCGCUGCAACGACCGAUGCGAUGGCCAUGGAAUAACGACGACAGGGAGCAAAGGAAGAGAAUCCCAGAAGAGUACGAGCGACGCAAGAAGCAGCUCGACGAUCUCUGCCUUGCCCUCAAGGCCGAGUCCGUCUCGGACUUGCAGGACAUUCUUUGCUGCAUGGUCCUCUCCGAGUGCGUUUACACGAGGCCUGCUGAUGAAUUGGUUCGAGCUGUAAAUAAAUUCAAGGCUGACUUUGGAGGACAAGUUGUUUCUUUGGAGCGUGUGCAACCUUCUUCAGAUCAUGUUCCACACGGGUACUUAUUGGCAGAAGCAGGUGACACAUUAUUUGCUUCCUUUGUGGGAACAAAGCAGUACAAGGAUGUCAUGGCUGAUGCAAAUAUACUGCAAGGUGCUAUCUUUCAUGAUUCCGUGGAAGAUGCUGAGGAAAUUGAUGCUGUCAAAUCUAAACAACAUGAAAGUCCAACGGGAAAUUCGGAAUACUUAGGGAAUCCCCUUGAAAAAACAAAAUCUAAGCAACUUAAAGAUAAAUCUAAACCUGCUGCCCAUCGGGGCUUUUUGGCUCGUGCUAAAGGGAUACCUGCUUUGGAGCUAUACAAACUUGCUCAGAAGAAGAAGAGGAAACUUGUAUUAUGCGGACAUUCACUUGGUGGAGCAGUUGCAGCUUUAGCUACCCUCGCCAUUUUGAGGGUUAUAGCCGUUGCAUCAUCGUCAAAGGAAGGUGAUAAAGUUUUAAUUAAAUGUAUAACAUUCUCCCAGCCACCAGUUGGAAAUGCUGCUUUAAGAGAUUAUGUUAAUAGAAAUGGCUGGCAGCAUUAUUUCAAGAGUUACUGCAUUCCAGAAGAUCUGGUGCCCCGCAUACUUUCUCCAGCAUAUUUUCAUCAUUAUAAUGAUCAGGCUCAACCGAUGCCUGCUGAAGCUGAAUCUUCUAAUUUUUCAAUGUUAAAACAUGACGAGGGGAUAGAGAAGCUAAAAGACAAUGAAGGGGAGCAGUUGGUUUUGGGGUUGGGUCCUGUACAGCGAUCAUUUUGGAGACUCUCGAGGCUUGUUCCUUUGGAGAGUGUGAGGAGACAGUUGAACAAAUACAGAGAAAAAGGAGUUAACUCUGUAGAAACGUCUUCUUCAGCUGAUUCUGUUGCAGCAAAUUGGGUUGAAGAUGAUGUAGUUGAACCACAGUCUCUUGAAAUCCAGGAGGGUUCAGAUGGCAUUUCUCUUGAGCCAAUUUCUGAUACUGAUAAAGUGCUACCAGAUGUAGCAACAAGUGGAAAGUUAGCAGAACAAGGGAACAUUAAAGCUGGGGAUGGUGGGAACUGGCGCAGGGUGCCUUAUUUACCUUCUUAUGUACCAUUUGGGCAGCUUUAUCUCUUGGGGAAUUCAUCAGUGGAAUCACUGUCAGGUGCAGAGUAUUCAAAGUCAACCUCGGUCAAAUCUGUUAUUACGGAGUUAAAGGAACUAUUUCAGUCACAUUCCAUGAAGUCAUAUAGAUCUCGAUUUCAGAGAAUCUAUGACCUAUGCAUGAGUGAUAAUCCUACAUCUUUCCUUGGAAUUGAGCAACAGCCACAGUUUCCACAUCUACAGCAGUGGCUUGGUCUUUCAGUUGCAGGUUCUGUUGAGCUUGGGCAUAUUGUAGAGUCUCCAGUCAUUCACACAGCUACUUCAAUCGCUCCUCUUGGAUGGAAUGGAGUACCUGAUGAGAAGAAUGGAGAUCUUCUAAAAGUUGAUAUCACUGGAUUGAGGUUGCAUCUCUGCACACUUGUUCAUGCUCAAGUGAACGGUAACUGGUGUUCCACUAGAGUAGAAUUGUUUCCUUCGGUUCCAGCUUAUUCUUCAAAUUAUGAAGUGGAGCCAGAAUUGCAAACGAUGCGGGUUGUAGUUAGAGCACCAUUGAGACAGCCAUUAAAGCAUCAGAUAGUGGCAGAUACAUUGGUGCCUGUGUUUCCUUCUAUUCAUUCAGAUGCUGCCAAUCUCACUCAUGUAAAUACUUCAGGAUUCUUUCAUGAUGAAAAAAUCAUCCAUGCUGAAGGUUUGGGUGAUUUUCGCAUAUUCUGCACCGGUGAUUUUGCUACUGUAUCUAAGGAGGUUCAAGUCAGAAUUCGUAGGGUCCGGCUACUUGGCCUUGAGGGUGCUGGUAAAACUGCUCUUCUUAAGUCAAUACUUUGUCAAAGAAAAGUGAACACUAUCUCCAAUAAUGAGAACAUGCUCCCCGAGGCUGAUGUUCAAGAGGGUAUUGUUGGUGGGUUAUGCUACUACGACACAGCGGGGAUAAAUUUGCAGGAUCUGAAUGGGGAGAUUUCUCGUUUCAGGGAUGAACUGUUGAUGGGAAUUCGUGACCUAAGUCAGAAGACAGAUUUGAUCGUUCUUGUGCAUAACUUGUCCCAUAAAAUACCUCGAUACAAUCACUCAGACGUGUCACAACAGAAGCCAGUGCUUUCACUUAUGUUAGAUGAGGCUCAAUCACUCGGAAUCCCUUGUGUCCUCGCCAUAACAAAUAUAUUUUCUGUCAGUGCAAAUCAGCAAAAAGCUGCAGUUGAUGCUGUUGUACAGGCAUACCAAGUAUCUUUAAGUGCAACUGCAGUUAUCAAUUCCUGUCCAUAUGUUAUACCCAGUGCUGCAAGUGCUUCUUCUUGGGAUGCAAUUGGUGGAGCAUCUGAUGGAAGGAUGGAUGCUCAAAAACUUAUUUUUGCCCCACUAAGUCUUGUUCGGAGGCCUUUCCAGAAGAAAGAUAUCGUUCUUCCAAUGGAGGGUGUCUCGUCACUCUGUCAGCUGGUCCACCGUGUGCUUCAGAGCCAUGCAGAGGCCUCUUUCCAGGAACUUGCUAGAGAUAGACUUAUGUUGGAAUUGGCACGAGAACGUGCGAUGACAAUGGAUGUAAGUGCGGAUUCCCAAGACAAGGCGUUCUCCCUAACAUCUGCAGAGGUGGGUGCUUCCCUUGGUGCUGGUCUUGCCCUUGUCUUGGCUGUUGUGAUGGGUGCAGCAUCUGCCUUGAGGAAGCCCUGAGCAUCUAUCAUGUUUUUUUAUUUUUUGCCUCUUCAUAUUUCAUGACCGCAUGUGUUCCAGGAUUGAGCUUUGGGUACACGAUAUCUCCUUGCUUUCUCCCAUUAGUGGCCCAGUAGAGUUCAUUGUUUAGGUUCCACUAUCAGAUGACCAGUCAUUUUUGUCCGUUGUUUAUAUAAUAUUUAUAGGCAAGGAGGAUAGGCGUCCUAACAAAAGUUUGUGUUUUUCUAAACCCGUGCCUUCUUUCCUGGAUGUACAAAUUGUGUAUUUUUCAGUUUUAUUAGCAACAGAAUAGUUGCUCUUUACCCUUCAGAUACUUGAGUUCCAUUUCUUGAGAUCAAUCUACAAUGAAUAUGAAAAUGGGA